UAAAAAACUCACACACACAUAUUUAGGUCACACCAAAAGGACCAGCACUAAUAGUAGAGGCUACUGCUUUCAGAAGAGCUGCCAAGCAGCGCGGCAUAAAGUCAUCUUAACCAGGGGAUAGUCUGUCACAGGCGCUGGCAGGGAAAGCUCCUUUUUCCAUGUCGCUGUUGCCACAUAUUGACAGCGCUGAGCAGCUUCUCCGUAGUAACACAGGGACACCGCUGGAUCCAAACACAGCACUGCUCCGCAGACCAUGAGUAUUUACAAGUACUUAUUCUGAGGACGCCAUAUGCACUCUUGCACACAUCUGUAAAUAUGUCUUUUUUAACUAUCCCAAGCCAGGAGGGCCUCUUUAAAACGAUUAAAAGCAGCAAGUCAACCGGGGAGGCAGAGGGUCGCUCACGCUCGGACUGCGAUGAGGAAAACGAUGACGAAGAGGACGAGGAUGAUGAUGAGGAUGAUGACAGCGAGCGUGUCCGCCUCAUCCCCAGGUGUUCCCCGGUGCCCAGGAAGCGAGGCGCGUCCAUCUUCGACGAGACAGCCGAGUACAUGCGGAUCCACCGCGCGCUCUCCGCGGGGAAGAGGGUGUCGUUCGCCGAUACAACAGGUGGAGAUCUGGUGUAUGUGCGCGAGUUCUUAGCCUUCGACUCGGACGAGGAGGACAGCGCAAAGUGGGAGGAGGAGGAGGCGAAAUACCGCAAAGCGGAGCGGCAGCCGACCUACAGGAUCCACCCGGAGUUUAGCGCUCCAGACAGCGGCGAGCUGCUGCGGAUUGUGCGCUCCAACAAAGUGGAGGUGGAGCAGAUCUCUCCGGUGGAGGAUGAGCCGCUAGCGUUCAGUGGAGUGAUCAGAGUUCUGAACAUCUCCUUCCACAAAGCGGUGUACAUCAGAUCCACCAUGGACAGUUGGGCCUCCUACUUUGACCACCCUGCAGAGUAUGUGCUUGGAUCAAACGAUGGAGACACUGAUCGGUUCUCCUUCAAGCUCUCCUUUGCGCCUCCUUACACCACGCACGGCUCUCGGAUUCAGUUUGUGGUGCGCUAUGAAACUUCUGAUGGUGAUUUCUGGGCCAAUAACUCCUCUCUGAAUUAUGCUGUGACCCUGCUUUUGUCCUAUGAAGAUGAUUCAGCCCAACCUGGCACUGAAAUGGCACAAAAAAGGAGCAUCUUGAAGACCCGCAGAGUCUGCAGUAUGGAUGAUGACUUCGCUUCAGGGGAUGAUCAGGAGAAAGAAGAAGCAGAGGAACCAGUGAAUUUCACAGCAGAACUGGUCAGGCCUUCAGCUGUGUGUCCAGUCAUCAUACAUCCUGAAAUUGAUGUGGAGAAAGCAGUUCACCAGUCUGGCUCCACUGGCGCACCUGAACCCGGGCCUCCUUCUGUUGGUGGUGCUCUGUCCACUCCCGCUGUAUUCCCAGAUGAACAAUCACCUUCAACGUCUUCCAAUGCUGACCUUCAAACGUAUUCAGCCUAUGUACUGCAUGCUGGUGAAUUAAUCACUCCAGAUAAGUCUUCGCCUUCACAUUUUAUCCACAGGGAAUCUAUGAACCGCAUGUCAGAGCAGUCCGCGCACAGUAGUCCCACUGCAGCACAGUCUCUCUCCAAUCCUCCAUCUCAAGAAUCCAAACAGAGAUCAGACGAGUCUCUGGCUGAGAGAGUGGAAAGCCCCACUACAGAAGCUCCCCCUGUAGCAGAGAUCAGUCUGCUGUUAACAGCAGGAGAAUAUUGGAUGGCUGCUGAGAGUGUCUCUUGUCCCAGUGUGACCGAAGGCCCGGAGCGAGAAGCUGUCGUGGGACUGAGUGAACUUGAAGAAAGAUUUUUUGAAAUUUCCACAAAAUCUACAGCCCAUCAUGCAGACGGAAGAGCUGAGACUCCUGUGAGAGCAGAGAAUGAAGGUCAACUGUCACCUGAGCUUACUGAAAGCCCCUCAGUGAACAUUACUGAGGUAAACCAAGAUGUAUCUUCUCAAACUCCCUCAGCCUGGAAUGAGAAAGAAGAACCUGCUUACAUUUCUCUGCACACAUCAUUAGCAGAUCACCCUGAAGUCUUGUCAGAUGUUUCUGAGAUGAUGUUUGAAGAUGACUUCAGCAGUAAUCUGAUGCCAUGCAUCUUCUUUCUGACCGGAGUAGUUUCCCUCUCACUUGUGAUGCAGACACCCAGUGCUCUCUUCUUUAUUGGGCUGCUUCUGGUUUUGCACCUUUUCUAAAAUUUCCUCAAAACUUCAGUCUGAUUUCCUGUCAAAUGAAGUGCCUUUUAGUGAGUCAAAAAAAAACAACGGGUUUAGCAAUGAGCGUCUCCUUCAAAUAAUGUGCAAAAUAUAAUUUACAAAGCUUUUUUUUUAAGUAUAUAGGGUAGUGGUGACAGUAUUUUGCUUAGGAGAUGCAUAUUCAUUCAGCAGUGGCUAGAAGACUAUUUUAUUUUUAAGGGAAGAUAUAAGUGGCUAAAUUGCUGGGUAAACAUCAAAUGGAGGCUGCAAGGAUUUGAGUCUACACCAGAGGUUUACUUUCCAGUGGGAUUAAAACCAAAAAACAGCUAGAAAUAGAGAACAUAGUUUAGGUUGAAGCAUUACUAUGGUGCAGGGGGUCCAGAGUCCACACUUUCUUCACUUAAAUCCAAUUUUGAACUUGUGGCAAGACUUAAAAGCUAAUGUUCACAGCUGUUUUUCAUCUAAUCUGAUUCUAUUCAAUUUUCCAGUUUUAAAACAACCCAGCAUUUUUAUUAAAUUUAUCCUCUUCUUAAUAAUAAACUACUUUGGGUUGAUCAAAUAUAUAGAAUUAGAAUGGAAUACAUUAUAGUUCCAGGCUCUGAUCUAUCAAAAUAUGGAAAACCUUCAAGGGGAAAUAUAUGUUUUUUAACAAAGUCCACGUAAAAAUACUGCAGGUUAGGUUUUGACAAUAUGUAGAAGAAUAACACGAAAGAGUAUUUUCUACAAUAUUAUGAUCACUGAGGUCAAAUUAAUUCUUAAAGGACACCCCUCAAAAUUAACUUUUUUAGCUCAACUAUUGAUGGAUGUCUUAUAAAGCUGUCUACAUGUCCUGGGCAUUACUUUGACAGUUCACUGCACAUUGUUGCAAUCCUGUUUUUAUGUUGAUAUUAUAUAUCCUGUCAUCUAACACCAACUUGCCACUCAGUAGCUGUCCCCAUUCUAUGGUGGGAUGCCUAGAGGCUUGGCUAUAGGGAUGGCCUUCCCAAUCUAUAGAGCCAGCGGCUCAAACCGGUGGGGCUCAUUUUUCUGUAUCCUGUCUCUGGUUAAGACAGUGGGGAGAAAUCUUCUGCCUCAUACGAUCGCUCCAUCACAACGCUAUCAUUGCUACACCUAUGCAUCCCCUCCUUAAGGCUAUUUUUUGAAUUAUUAUAAGUGGGUAAGUGAGGCUCUGGAACAGGGUUCAAUUGUCAUUUAUGUGUAGAUGAUCUGUGAAUUAUAUUUUUCUUGUGUGACGAUAGAAUAUAUGGUUUCUUUCAGUCAGUAUUUCAAUGCACUUUUAAUUACAGCCAUCAAAUGUAGCAAAGGGUCUGAUGUUACUAUAUAAAAGCCAGAUGUAGUCGGUGUAGCUAGAAGUAAUGCCAGUGAGAAAGUGCCUUAAAGACUAAUACUACUGGUGAUCACAGGCGUUUAUCUUCUAAACAUUUUCACCUUGUAGGCACCACUUACCCUUAAAUAUACAUCUUCUAAAAUGUUUCAUUUGUUAUGUCUUUUGCUACAUGUAGUUUUCUUUAAAAAUGUUUUAAAAUGAC